AAGUACAGAAAACGAAGCCGUCAGUUGUUGUGGGGGCGAUUUUGAUCACCGCCUUCCCUUGUCUUUCCCUUCCAUUGUCUUUCACAGCAUCGUCAAAAUUUCUUCCUUUUUUCAUCCUUUUGGUGUCCCCUACUUCCAACCCGUAAAGUGCUUGCAUAGACAACUGCAUCUUCAGAUCAUUCUCCUUCAUUGUCCGCAAGAUGUCUAUGCUGGGUGCAAGUACUGUAGCUAAGUCACCUCUAUUGACACCAGUGGUUGAAAGCAGGCGACAACAUAAACUUGCUGGAUCUGAUAUAGGAAGUGUUCAUCUCCAAUUUCGAACUUUCGACAAAAGAAUGGCUAAUCUUGGACCAGUUGGGCUGGGAGCACAGUUUCCAAUUAUAGAGAGAAGAAAAUCAAUCAUUCACUCUGUUAGAAGACAAUCAAAUUCCAUCAUUUGCGCUGCUGCUUUGAGUGCAACAUGUUCUGCGUCACAAACCCAAACUGUUACACGCCAGGCUCCAACAAUUACUCAUAUGCCUGCCAAGGAGAAGUCACCACAACUUGAUGAUGGUGGUACCGGAUUUCCACCUCGUGAUGAUGGAGAUGGUGGUGGAGGAGGUGGCGGCGGCGGGGGCAACUGGUCGGGCGGAUUCUUCUUUUUUGGAUUUCUUCUUUUCCUAGGCUUCUUGAAGGAUAAAGAAAGUGAGGGACCUUAUCGAGAUGAUAGGAGAAGAUGAGAGACAAAAUUUAAGAACAAUAUAAAUAUUCGAGAUUUAGCUUUACAUUGAUUUAAGGUCAUCAUGGGCAUGUAUUAUUAUUGUUUUUUUGAGGUCUAAUUAAUUGGGCUUUAUUCUUUUUGCACUAAUUAACUGGUAAUAACACAGAAAAUUGCAGUUGCAGGCUGUGCUCUCCAACGUUGUACUGGUAUCUUGGUGGAAAUGUUAUACAACAGGGGCGUUCUAUA